UCGAACGCACCCGAGCAGCACGAGAAGGCCCAAACCUCCCGCGCCUGUUCUAUUCGAUACACCGAUUCCGCUCAUAAACGUGGUGUUCUUCUAUCGGGUUCUCUCGAGACAGUCUGAAUUACUUCUGGAGCUGACAGGCAUUAAAUAAGUCAGAUGCAGUAGUGUGUCUUACUUAUAGGAAAGGGAUACGAAGCUUCAAACAUGUCGACAAAUGUCAAGUGUGUACAAUGGUGUGGCCUGGUAAUCUUUUGAAAGCUUAUGCAGGUGUCAAAGAUAUGAUUGUAUGAUAAUCUAUGAUUGUUUGAGAGUUUGAUACACCCCACGUACCUUUCCGCAGGAGAAGAGAGGAUGGGGGAUUACGUUGUAGACAUGGGAAAGAAAAUAUUUUCUUUGGAUAAUGAAGAUGUGUUUCUAAAUGGCAUUAUUACCCCUACAACUGUCGUCAACAUGACCAGCACACGGCACAACGAAACAGAACUGGAACCUGGAACCGGAAAUGAGACGCUCCCCAAUGGUGUGGCCAUGUCGGAUAGUACCCUUACAUGGCUAACAGUCCUCUAUACUCUUACAACUGUCUUUUCAAUAACUGGAAAUGUGUUUGUUGUUCUUGUUUUUGUUCGGGGUCGGAGAUCUCGAACGGACCUUCGGCCGUUUUUGAUUAACUUGGCUGCAGCAGACCUUAUGAUGGCCCUUUUCUGCAUGCCGUUCACCUUUGCCGAUGUGAUACUUGGACGCUGGUUGUUUCCUGAAGUACUUUGUCCUCUCGUGUUAUUUGUUCAGAUUUUUUCUGUUGCAGCCAGUGUUUUCACAAAUAUGGCGAUAGGAAUAGAUCGCUUUCUUGCCGUAACGUUUCCUUUACGGUCCCGAUUGACGCACGCUCGUGCGAAAUAUGUUAUAAUAGUGAUUUGGAUAAGUGCUUUCAUUUUAGGCUCUGUCAUGUUUUUUGUUGGACGUGCAACUGAAAUACCUGGUUACGGAAACGGAACUAAGAAAUGUUCAGAAAACUGGCCCGGUGAGGAUUCGAGGAGAACUUUUACAAUUUUUAUUUUCAUUGUCACCUAUUUGGUACCUCUGUUGAUACUAGCCAUUACUUAUUCUAUAGUGGGGAUAUUACUUUGGAAACGAACGGCACCCGGGAAUAAGGACCACAUACGUGACAUGCAUAGACUGCGAUCAAAAAUAAAGAUCGUUAAGAUGCUGGUAAUCGUGGUGGCUGUGUUCGGGAUAUGCUGGCUGCCAAUCCAUGUAUUUGUCAUCAUCAUGGACUUUUACCCGAGUGUCUUCCAAAAUGGCGACCAAAUGUUAACGAUGGCCGUAUUUCUCUGUGUCCACUGGCUAGCCAUGUCCAACAGUUUUGCUAACCCAGUCAUAUAUGGAUUUACAAAUGAAAGUUUUAGGGCUGACUUGGCAACACUGUUUUACAUGUGGAUGCCAUGCUGUGGAUGUCUGAAACAUGCCAUGCCCCGACUCAGCAGCUCCUGUACGAACGAAACAGUGAUCCUCCGACGUCAAAGCACUGUCAUCAACAGUAAAUGGAACACCAACACUAACCGAUUAUCUGCUACCUCAAAAACACGUUUGCAACAGUUUGCUCAAACAACUUAUGAUAACAAGCGUUUUCUUGAACCUGUACCUAGUAGCAGAGAAUGUUCAGCGUGUUCUGGUGGUUCUACGGAUGAAUGAACUCCAGAGAACGUCGUGUUUGUAACUGGUUUUAAUGCCAUCUUAUUUUAUGGAGUAGUUCAUUGUAGUUAUUGACCCUUACAACCUUACUUUGGCGAUGUUUAGAAGACAUGAACUAGCUCUUGGAUCUACUAAUUAAAUGAAAUAGAUGACCAAAGACAGAGUGAUCCGCAUAAGUUAAUUAUACGUGUGUAAAGUCUAUACAACCCCCAGGCCAAGGCCAAUGUCUUAAUUACGUCACAUUUGCUUAUAUUUACUUUAUUCCGCCCUGCUUCUGUCACCUCGGCCCGCCCCGUGGAAAGAGACUUCGUGUCAGACUUGUGUUAACUGGCGGGCAAUGUCUGCGAUACCUAUAUUCAUAGAACCUUGAGAGAGAUUUUGUGAACUGAUAUGUCUAACGUCAUUAACGAGAUGUUUUGGCUGGGAACAAAAUUAAUCAUAGUCGUUAUAUCAUUUUCAUUCUGUAGAUACAUUUAUGCUAACUUGUUGGUUGGUAGCCCAUCAUCAGUGAUUAAUUUCUGAUGAAACUGUAGCAGCCAUAACUAACGUGUCCCGGUCAUUGUUGUAAGAUGGCAUAUUGAUCCCUCGAGGUAUGGCUGUCUACCAAAGAGAGCUAUGUGGACGACGAGGAGUAAUCCAUCAACACUUCAUAUUUAUGGACAUGACAGCACUAUCUAUUUGGAUCCUGGAUCGCACACCAUGAUGGAAUAACGACCGAUUCAACAGCGAUGUAGGCCUAUAACGAUCAGUGUUUCCCGGGUGACUUGACCCUGUGUCAUUCCGCGUGUAAAAGUAGUCCCCGGUCGUUAGUAAAUCUCUUGUUAACCACACGGUACGAUGGAGAAUAGGCUACACGAAAUAAUUGCUUUUCCACGGGUGAGUUUUGAAAGUGUAGAUGACAAUCUUUUCAGAUGAAAUGGUUAGAUGUCCGUAAUUGAAGCAUAUCCAAGAGUAUUUGUGACCAUACAUAUGUAAACCAUAUUGUACAAUCACGUCAAAAAUCAACUUUUGUUUAAAAAAAACCUGCUCAUGUAAUAAAAUUGUUAUACCAAA